CUCCAAUUCCGACAGCUGCAUUCGUCUACCCGGUAUGUAUGCAGCUCCCCGAUUGGAUCGAGACCGAGUGUCAGCCCAAUUCCAACCAUCCGUAUCACGACCUUUCCCGGCACAUUCAACCUUUUGGAAGUAGGACAAUGGCAUCAUCCAUCUUCAAACAGGCAUUGCCUUCGGCGGUUCGAGAAAUCAGAUUACAUUUUUCACCAACUCAAGCCAACCCAGUCAAAUCCUUUAUUCAAUCUAACUAUUCCUCAAUCAAAUCAUCGAAUCCUGAUCUGCCCUUCUUGUUUCGCGAAUCGUCCAUUGGUACACCAGCCCGGGCUAUUGUCAGAUUUGAAUACGGGAUAGAAAAACAAGUCUCUCUGGAACAAGCGAAGUCCUCGACGGAAAUCGAAUCAUUGCUAUCCAACUUGAUCCAAAGCAAAAACUGAGAAUGUAGUUUCCCUGCUUAGGGUGAUGACCCCAACAACAUUUUCGGCUCCGUUUCACCAUCAAACACCCCAAUGAUUCAUUGUCUAUCUUCCCAUGAUAUCGCCUUCUUACCAGGGGGAAAUGUCGAGCGUCUCCAGAGAAUGAUGUAAAUUAAUGAAAAACAAGUAGAUUAGGAGAUAACUACGGUCAAGAAUGGUAUGAUACACCACUCAUCAUUCUGUAUCAGCAUAACCUGGAAAUCGGUUUUUGAUCAAUGAAUCCAAAUAUUGCGUGUGGUCUGUAACAUAAAGACUGCUACUGGAGGAGCCACAGCUUGCUUCAAAAAUA